CGAGAGAGCGAAAGGGAGGAGGAGAACAGGGUGAGCUAAGGGAGGGGGAAAACGGCGUAUGCUUGUAUACAACAACCCCUGAUUUCCAUUUUUUCCCCAACUCGUAAUGUAUUUAAUUCAAGUGAAACGUAAUCAUGACGUGUCCUGUCAUUAAUCCGCCCGCCGCCUCUCCCAGGACUAAAGGAGGUGGCCAUCAAAGCAGUGUGUCCCCCGUCUGCCAAGAAACUGAAACAUGGAAUAGCAGUAAACACACGACUGAGAAUGGAUUCUCCUCCUGAAUGUGUGUUGGCUCUUUCAUGUGAGCUGCCCCAGUCACCCCCAACACUACCAUCGCUGGACCACAGUCCCCAGGCCUCUCCUCACUCUACCUCCCACCUUUCCCCUUCACACAGCCCCCUGGACCUGCCCCUAGCCCAUAGCCCCUCAGCCCUGUCCCACACACCAGAACCCCUGUCGAACACCCUAGACACCACCCCCUACUUCCCCUUCUCAUCCUUCCCCCUCAACCACCACAAUGAGGAAGAGGAGGAGGAUGAAGAGGAGCUGUCAGCCCCUCCGUCCCCCACCCCGGCCGUGGCUCUCUUCCUGGGGGGUCUUCCGGAGGUGUGUAGCCCCUCUUCGGAGAGCUCUCCUCCGGUCACUCCGACAUCAUCGGCCCCUCUCCCCGGGUUCGGGGCCCUGGAGCUGGCCCUGUCUUCCGGGCAGCAGGGUGCCACCUGUAGUGAUGAGCUAGACCUCCAGCUCUUCCAUAAGGAUGGGGGGAGUUUGUUAGGGUCUCUGCCCGGGAGGAAGGGUGUUUCUAGGGGAGCGGCUGGACUCAAGUUCCCCUGUCUGGAUUGUGGGAAGAGAUUCCGCUUCCAGAGUAUCUUGUCACUCCACGCCCGCGCUCACAGUCUGGACCGGGACCGCCGCGCCUCAGCUCUGUACCGCAACACCGGCACCAUGACCGGGAGCAUCAUUGGGACGGGGUCCACGGCGCAUCUCAAAGCCCACCAGAACCACAAUGACGUGGGACAGAACCACCACAGCCACCGCCAGAGUCCCCUGCUGUCUGUAUCUCUAACUCAGGGACUGAGAGGGGAGGCUGGGGAUGGGGAUGCUCUAGAGGAGGCUCUGCAGAUGGAUCACCAGAUCCUCCAGCCGUUCCUAAUGGAUGACAGCACACCGCUGAGCCCUCCGCUGACCGAGGAGGUGCCCCUCUCCCUCACCUCCCCCUACUCCUCUUCCUGCGGCCUGGGUGGCACGGGUCCUGCCAUCUUAGAAGAAGCCGCCCUGGCCACAGCGGCAGCGCCCGCAUUCCGCUGCCACGCCUGCAAGGGUAAAUUCCGCACGGCCUCGGAGCUGUCUCGUCACGUCCGCAUCCUCCACAACCCGUACAAGUGCACCCUGUGCUCCUUCUCUGCCAGCCAGGAAGAACGCCUGGCCGCACACCUCCACGACAGCCACCCCUCCCUGUCCCUCUCCCCCCCGGUGGAACUCCCCGCCCUGCCCCCCUACACCCCCAGACACCCCCCCAUCAUAACCACCACCACUGCCGUCAUCCCCACACCCAUCCCAGACACUCUCGUUCCCACUCCCAACCCGACCCCCACCCUGGCCCCAGGGGCUCCGCCUCUGCCGGCCUUCCGCUGUGAGACGUGCGGCCAGCGCUUCACCCAGUCCUGGUUCCUGAAGGGCCACAUGAGGAAGCACAAGGAUUCUCUGGACCACAAAUGUCAGGUGUGCGGCCGUGGCUUCAAGGAGCCUUGGUUCCUCAAGAACCACAUGAAGGUGCACCUCAACAAGCUGGGCCUGAAGGCAGGUCUGGGGGGGCUGGUGGCUCCUGUGGCCGGGGCUGAACAUAGAGGCCCCAAAGGCUCGGUCACCAGCCAGGGCCUCAACGCUCUCUACUCCAGUCUCUUGCUGGCUCGUGGUGGAGGGGGGAGAGGGGGACGAUCAAGGGCUGAGCGGGAUGGCGCCGGAGUCUCUAGUAAAUCGGCCAUCUUGGGCUACCUGGGGUUGCCCAGCGAUGGCGUUGGCGGCGCCAGCUGCAUGGAACGGCUGCAGGCCGUGGCUCAGGUGGCGGAGAUGGGGAAUGGGAGCGGAGGAGGAGGGGGAGGAGGAGGAGAGGCAGCGGGAGAUGGAGGGGACCAGAUAGCCAUGUGGCAGCUGGUAGCCCGUAGCCUAGUAGCAGCUCAACAGGCCCAGCAAGCCCAGCAGGCUCAGAGGCAGAACCAGAGGACCCAGCACCUGCACCGAGCCCCAUCCAGGAGCUCCGUGGUGGGGGAGGCUGAGCAGGUCAGGGCCUACCUUGGAGGUCUGGAUCCCCGAGAGGAGCCUCCGUCCUCCGGAGCCCCAUGGGAGUGCCCCGACUGUGGGAAGCUGUUCCGGAGCCUGCAGCAGGUGGUGGCGCACGCCCGCGUCCACGUCCAGCGGCCCCAUAAGAACCACGGUCACCCCCCGCGCUACCCCGGAGGAGGAGAGGAGGAUGGAGGAGCGAGUCGGAGUGGGGGAGGACGAGGAGGAGUUGGAGGAGGAGGUGGGAGAGAAGGUAGUAGCGAGGGAAGACAGGAGUCCAAACUUCAAAGUGGACCUCAACAUCAGUCAGCAGCCGGAGGAGGGUUCCACUCAGUGAUGUCACAGUUCCAAGGAGAGAACGGUCUAUCUGGGUCAUCUUCAGGUUCGUCCGUGACUUCUAGGGAGCGUGUGCGAGGCACAGGGGUGAAAGACUGCCCCUAUUGCGGUAAAGCUUUCCGCUCGUCCCAUCACCUUAAAGUGCAUCUGAGAGUUCACACAGGGGAGAGACCGUAUAAAUGUCCCCACUGUGACUACGCGGGAACCCAGUCAGGCUCUCUAAAGUACCAUCUCCAGAGGCACCACAGAGAACAGAGGAACGCCAUGGGGGCCUCUUCCUCCACCGCCUCCUCCCCCGGCCUCACUUCUGCCUCUCUGGGAGGUGGUGGAGGUGCUCCACGGGGGGAGGGAAGGGAGGGGAUGGCCAAACAGCGCCGGCCCCAGAGCUUCACCCAUGGCUCAGCCGCCAGAACCCCGGCAGAGACCGCAUCCUCCAGGCACAACCAGCACCAGCCCUGGAUUCUGGGCCUUCCCGAGCAGAGAGACAGGGACCAUGGGAAGGCCAUGGGAGGACUGAGGGAGGCAGAUCUGGAGAGCCAGUACCGGUACCUAUCCGGGGUGAUGGGGGCGCUGUACCAGGGGGGGAUGGAGGGAGGGUGGACGGGGGAGUCCCCUACCUCCACCCCCACCCCGCCCCCGCCAAAGGCGCCCAAAGUGUCCCGUCGCAAACCACUCACCACCAGUCGCAUGGUGCCAGCUAACGGGAGGGAGCGGAUGGGAGGGGGAUCCGCUCGGGGCACCCCGGAGGGAGGCUUGUUGUCCCAGCCCCUGGAUCUCUCCCGCCGCCCCUCCCCUGGGCUCGGAGGUCUGGAGGAGGAUGGAGUACCGGGAGGGGGUGGUGGAGGAGGAGGAGGAGGAGCAGGGGUCACCCUUAACCAGUGCCUGUUCUGUCCCUUCCGUACCUGCUCAGCCGAGCUGAUGGCCAUGCACCUCCAGGUCAACCACACUAGCAAGUCCAGGCGUAAGAGGGGGGCCCACAACCCCAGCUCCCUGGGGGAACACGGGCCCCAGAGGCCACCCCAACCCCGGGCCGACCCAGACCCCCUAGCCCUGUGGAGGUACCUGAGCGAGAGUGAAGAUAGGGCCCCCCUCGAGGAAUGGGCCUCAUCCAGGGUGGAGAGGGAAAGAGCGAUGGAGAAUGGCCUCACCCCAGAGGAAGUGGACCUAGAGGGCAGCUACAACCUCCACCACCCCCUGCAGGCUUCUAACCAGGCCUCCACCACACCCAGGAACACAAGGAGUGGCCUCGCUGCCCUGGGGCAGGAAGGCAAGCUGGAGGAGGAUGGGGAAGAGGAGGAAGAAGAGGAGGAAGGAGAAGAGGAGGAUUUGGAAAGGGAGAGCAGUAGUCCAGGGGAUUCCCCUACAGAGCAUGGGAUGAGGAUGUCUCUCUCCAUGUCAACUGCCCUCGGCUCUGACCGUCUUACACGAGAGGAGGAAACAGUGAUGGGAGACUAAACGGCAACAACAUCAUCCUGCAGAGAGAUGGGGAGAGGGAGUUCAACUAGACAGUGCAGAAGUUUAGAGGUCAAAUGUUAGGGGUCAUUAUAUCACUUCCUUGUUCUCUUACAUACAGCAGUUCAGGGUCAUUGACAUGGUAAGUCCGCUGACAAGUAUAACUAAGGACCACGGACUGAGAUGCACCUCCAUUGAGAGGGUUGUGUAAACAUCAUCUCUCCUAAGGAAAAAAAAUCAUACAUUUUUCUCUCGCCUUUUAAUAUUUACAUCCCGGGAGUUCAGUGCAGUCCUCUUGAUUUUCUCAACCAACCACAACCCCCCUUGUACAUACAGACAGUGCAGUGUGAAUCCUUUCUCUUCAGGACUUUUGAGGCCUUGAGUUCUAUAUUCCAGAGAUUCCUGUUUUCCAUUCCAUCCCCUAUCAAGAGGGCUAAUUGUGAUGAUUUGCUCGAGAUCGUCCUCUGGCUGCUGUUAAGUCUUAACAUUACUAUGUGAGAACAAAUAAACUGUAACAUUCUACCAUUCCGGAGAACACAAAAAUGAUUUUAUCAGACCUUAUACUUCAUGUUUUGAGAAUAAUACUACUUCUAUGAGUAACGUUGUUGAUUAGUUAUACUUUAGCAGAACAAGUGUCAAAAGAAGCCAAACUUCAUUCCAACUGCCGUUUAGAUAAGAUACCACUUCUUGUCACGUUGACAUUUCAAUUUCAUAUUACGGUCUGUUCAAGAGCACUGAUUCGAUAACCGUGGUUCAACCACAACCAUUCAAGCCGUAAACUCAAACUAAGCUAUCCAGCUGUCUACAACAAAUAACACCACAGGAACAACUUUUUACCAGAGGAAGAUGGCAAUGAUUAGGGAUAAGGUAACCCCUGACCCUGAUAUCACUGCCUCUCAUUGGUCGGAUUGCUGUUCCGAGGUCACCAUGGGAACAGUCUGUCAUUUCCUGUUUUCCCCUCAGUUUAGUGCCUGUCUAUGUUUGGAAUGUCGUCAAGGGAGUUCUACAGUAUAGCCCUCUGUUUCUGGGCUCUUAUAGGACAAUGAUAUCUAAGAAUACAGUAUAAAGCUAAAGUAUAUAUGUAAAAAAUUGGUUCUAGGCUAUUGUGAAUAGAAAUCUGUAGUGUUAAACAAACAGCUGGUGUGGAUCUUUCUCUUUUCACAAGAGACCGGUAGCAUCUCUAUGUGGAUUCUGUGGAAAAAAUUAUAAAGCACUUAGUUGAUGAAAAUGAAACAUUAAGAAAUAUUCAUACGAAUGAAAAGAGGUCAAGGUGAAAGGUCAAUAAGUGAAAAGGGAGGUUAAAGGUCAGAGGUCAGCAUUUACAGCAGAAAUACCAGCGUGUUCAGAGUCAGACGUGGGCUAACGGUUAUUUCUACAUUGUCGUGGUGGCCAACGGACCAUUAAACAAACAGAAACAAAACAAAAGUCUGUUUUGGGGGACAUAGGACAGACAGACAGAUGGACAGUGCAUCCUGAACACAAUCAGCUGGCACGUCUGGUCAGGUGACCAAGACUCCACGACCGUGUCACACUCUUUCCUUCCAUUCCUUUUAUGAGGAAAAUAACAGAAAAACAAGGGGAAGGAAAAAUGGAUGAGAGAAAAGGGUGAGUUCCCUCACAAGAGCGGAGGACUCAAGAAAGCAAACUGUUGUAGUCUUGGGGUAUGCCGUCUUUUAGAUGACUAGAUUUCUGUCUUUCUUUCUUUUAAGUGAAGAAGAACGGGAAAAAAGAGUAAGCAUUAAAAACAUGAACAAACCCAUAGAUACAUCCCAGUAGAAUAUGUGUAGCUUUUGUAAAGACAAGAAGAUAAGAAAAAGGAAAAAAUAACUUUCUAUGUUUAUUUUCAUUUCAAGAAGAGAAGCUUACAGAGAAGGUUAUGAAUAUACAGUAGGUAAUGAUUUUUAAAAAACUAUAAGGCUUGUUGUUGUGAGGAAAAGACUAGUCGGAAUGUCAUGUCUAUAAAGAGCACUGUGCAAGUUUUAUAAUUUCCCAAAGUAGUUGUUUUUAUUUUGACUAUCGAUAGACCAAACUUUUUUUUUUAAAGAAAAUGUAAGGUGUCACUUUCUGUUGGAGUGUAAAGCUGCAGUUCCAAUCCACUCGCCCAAUCAAUCAAUCAAUCAAGCAUUCAAUCAAUCUAUAAUCCAAUCAAAAUAUUAUCAUUGUAUUAUUAAGUGCUUGGAUGAGACUCAAGUUUACAAUCACAAUAUAUCCAAAUAUUAAUCUCUGCCAAAUUUUGAUUGAUCAAUUUGUACUAUAGCCACGGUAUUGGUUUAGUACUACACACAGCAUGUUCUGCACACAGUGAACAAGCAAAUAUUUUAUCAUAAAAACAAUUAAAUAAACAACUUACGAUUGUAAACGUCACUAAAUUAUUUGAUUGGAUAAGUCUUUCCUUCUCGCCCUCCUAACCCCAUUGGUUGACAGCGAGAGCUUGGGAUUGGAACCUAACCCCAUUGGUUGACAGCGAGAGCUUGGGAUUGGAACCUAACCCCAUUGGUUGACAGCGAGAGCUUGGGAUUGGAACCUAACCCCAUUGGUUGACAGCGAGAGCUUGGGAUUGGAACCUAACCCCAUUGGUUGACAGCGAGAGCUUGGGAUUGGAACCUAACCCCAUUGGUUGACAGCGAGAGCUUGGGAUUGGAACCUAACCCCAUUGGUUGUAGGCGAGAGCUUGGGAUUGGAACCUAACCCCAUUGGUUGUAGGCGAGAGCUUGGGAUUGGAACCUAACCCCAUUGGUUGUAGGCGAGAGCUUGGGAUUGGAACCUAACCCCAUUGGUUGUAGGCGAGAGCUUGGGAUUGGAACCUAACCCCAUUGGUUGUAGGCGAGAGCUUGGGAUUGGAACCUAACCCCAUUAGUUGUAGGCGAGAGUUUGGGAUUGGAACCUAACCCCAGUAGUUGUAGGCGAGAGUUUGGGAUUGGAACCUAACCCCAUUGGUUGUAGGCGAGAGUUUGGGAUUGGAACCACAGCCUUACUUUUGGUUUAUGUGCAUUAUGUGUUUUACUUCUAUCCUUAUUAGAGCACCUUAUAUGAGUUUAGCAGUUCCCUAAGUGGUGUUUUCUUAAAGACUUAGGUUGCACCUGUAAUGACACCCUAUUCCCUAUAUGGUUCACUACUUUUGACCAGGACCAUUCCCAUAUAGGCCCUGGUCAAAAGUAGUGCUAUGUGCCCUGGUCAAAAGUAGUGCUAUGUGCCCUGGUCAAAAGUAGUUCUAUGUGCCCUGGUCAAAAGUAGUGCUAUGUGCCCUGGUCAAACGUAGUGCUAUGUGCCGUGGUCAAACGUAGUGCAAUGGGCCCUGGUCAAAAGUAGUGAACUAUUUAGGGAAUAGGGUGCCCUUUGGGACAAUAGCCUGUAGUGUCAAUGCCACCGUGCCUUCUGUGUCAAGCACUUCCUGGAGUUGGUAUUUUGUAAGCUCACCAAAAGCACUUAGCCCACAUCUCUCUUUCCCCUAGUAUAUCACCUAUUUAUUCACCUCAUUCUUCUUGACUUAUUUUAUCCUCUCCUUGUCUGUCACUCCAACUUCGCAGGGGCCAAGUGGGUUGUUGCCUUAUUUGAACAAUUUCUUACCAUCAGACAUAAUAUCACUUGGAGGUAAUAUUGCUAGCUUCGCUAGUAGCCCCCAGUGUAGGAAACAAGGUUGAUUUCAGCUAACCCGUGGCAAACCAAAGCCAAAGUUUAAUGGAUAAAUCUUAGAAUUAGGUGCCAAAACCUGUCCAUGGGGACACUAAACACGUUAAAUUAAGAUAAUAUAAUUCAAUGGUAUUAUCAAGAUAUUAUAUUGUCAUUCUCUCUAUCCUUUUAAUGUAUGUGUACAUCUCUCUUUUCUCAACUUCCCUAACCUCUCUCUCUUCCUUUCUUCCAUAACCUCUCUCUCUCUCUCUCUCUUCUGUAACCUCUCUCUCUCUCUCUCUUUCUCUCUCUGGCACCAUUAGAAGGUGAUGAUGUGUACUAUCUGGUAUUGAGGCCUUUUAUUCUUAGAUUUGUAUUUUCAAUUUGUGUGAUGUUCGUACGUUCGUUCAUUCGAUGCCCGAUGAGAUGGAGUAACGCUAUUCUUCUUCUUUUUAAAAUGAUUAUUAUUGUUUUGGCAUUAUUAAGGAGAAGAAGAGGAAAAAUCAUAAGAAAAAAAAUGUCUUGUUGAAUGUUGUACAGAUAGCACUAGAGAUGUGUUUUUAACAAGAGAGCGCAAACCCAAGCUCUAGUCCCGCCCACUCCUCCCUCCCAUUGGCAGAUAGGACAAGUGACUUGCCAAGGAUAGUACAAGUGACCCGCCAAUCAUUUAAAUGAACUGCCCUGCAACUGACAAACAUGUUCGAUCCAGUGAAUGUAAACUACAUCAUGAUCUUAAAUUACCCACAGAAUAUGUCAUAAUGUGAAAAUGUGAAUGUCCCAGACAGUCAAUGGGUUCAUCUGAAAUAUUUCCUAAAUUGCUUCUUGCAAGGAAUCUCUCUGAAAUAUGCUAGAAAUCUUUUAAACCGGUGCCUAACUAUAUUGUUGACCCAUAAUUUCCUAGUUUCACAUGCAUUUUGAAGUGCAGAUGUUCGAGUACUGUUGCAGUGUGUGUGACUGACAUAGGUCAUAGGGUCCUUGUCAAAAGUAGUGCACUAUAUAGGGAAUCGUGUGCCAUUUGGAACAAAGCCACUGUCUUGUUGGAGAGGUGGAAGGGAGUGCUGGGUUUGGGCUCUCGUGUAGAUGACUGCCAUUGCAGUGAGGGAAAAACUGACCUAACCUAACAUAGUAGUGACUAAUAUGAGUUUGUGGACAGAUUUUUAAAAAAACACACACAUUAGAGAUACAUUAAUAAAUGCAAACAAAGGAAAACAA